CAGUGCCCUCCUCUCCCUGCAGCAGCCACGUCACCGUGAUACCCAAGCUGGCUGCCUGCCCUGCACCGCUGGGAGUCCGCUCUUCUCCAACUACUCCCGCGCAAGGAACUGAGCGCUCCGCAGAGACGGGAGUCUGGGCUCACGGGGAGAGAGCACGGGGACUAGUUAGUGCGCUUGGGGGAUACUAGUUAGUGAACCAGAAGAGGACUAGUUAGUGAGUCAGGAAAGUAUUAGUGAGUGAGCCAGAGGGGACUAGUUGAGUAUUUCCCUAUGGGGAGGACUAGUUGGCACACUCCCUGAACUAAUGGAAAAGUUAGUGCCCUUGGGCUAAGGAUAGUUCUUUUAUUUGUAAAACUUUUAACUACCUGGGGACAACUAGUUAUAUCUUGCACCAGGGAUCAGAUAUAUUACAAUAGUUGGACUAUUUGCAGCGUUAUUUACUAGCAGAAUAGGGGAGAGAUCGUGAUUUGUGCUCUGUAUUUGCUAUAGCUAGUGCCAAUUGCUGUGUGCCAGAGGGCAACCCUAAAACAAAAUGAACAUUUUUAGGAUUUUAGGGGACCUGUGCCACUUGCUGGCCCUCAUCAUUCUGCUGAUGAAGAUUUGGAAGAGCAAAUCCUGUAAUGGAAUAUCAGGGAAGAGUCAACUUUUGUUUGCGCUUGUAUUUACGACACGUUAUUUGGAUCUGUUUACAUCGUUCAUAUCUAUCUACAACACUGUGAUGAAGGUUAUAUUUUUAAUCUGCGCAUACGUCACCAUUUAUCUGAUCUACGUAAAGUUACGCAAGACGUACAACAGUGAGAAUGACACAUUCCGGAUGGAGUUUCUUCUGGUGCCUGUUGUGGGAUUGGCCUUCCUAGAAAAUUAUGCAUUUACCCCUUUGGAGAUUCUGUGGACAUUCUCGAUUUACCUUGAGGCAGUUGCUAUCCUGCCCCAGCUUUUUAUGAUCACGAAGACAGGGGAAGCAGAGUCCAUUACUACGCACUACCUUUUCUUUCUGGGGCUUUAUCGCCUACUUUACCUGGGAAAUUGGAUCUGGCGCUACUACACUGAGAAGUUCUGUGACCGUAUCGCUGUGGUGUCUGGUGUUGUGCAGACCAUCUUCUACUUUGACUUUUUCUACCUCUACGUCACCAAGGUUCUCAGAGGCAAAAAGCUGAGUCUUCCGAUGCCCGUGUAAAGGUGAUUGGACACUAACACUAUAUCUUGCCACCAACAGUCAUUUCUGCGGGCACACUCCUCUUGCGCCAUGUUUGGUCUACAUACCCUUCUCCCCCUGGGGUGUUGUGUGGUCCUGUAUUGAUACAAUGUGUUUCUUAUAUUAUUGUAAACUUUUUUGCUGUUCUUGGUUACAUUUAAUAAAAUAUAUUUGGGCUAA